AUGAAAACAAAUACACAGCCAGUACUUAUGUCAGCAUCAAUUCCACGGGUCACAUGGUUUUCUUUCAAUCAUAUCGGCUUACUUCCUCCUGCAACCUAGAUGUCCAUGCCUUUCCUUUCGACAAACAGAAGUGCAAUUUAACAAUGACGGCUUCAGUAUAUCAAGAUGAGAAUAUUUUAUUGAAGAGUGUUAAAACUUCCAAGGCGGCAAGUCAAGAUAGUCACAAAUAUUACAUCUCUAAUGGGGAAUGGAAGUUUGAAGAGCUGAGGACCAUUAAUCGUUAUAUGUCUUAUGGUUCAUUGAACUGCAGUGCAGUCAUUUAUGAGAUAACUAUGUCAAGACGAUCCAUAUUCUAUGUAUUAGUGGUAAUCAUUCCAAUGUUUGCUCUUUUUUUACUGGACAUGGCAAUUUCCUAUGCUUUUGGCAGUCCUGGAGAAAAGAUUGCCUUCAAAGUGACUUUGAUCCUGCAGGUUACAUUUUUAUCCCUGAUUCUUACUGAUAAACUACCGGCAACAUCAGAUGAUCCGCCAACAAUAGCAAAGUUUUUCACCGGCAUGUUUGUGCUCUUGAUCUUUGGUAUCUUGGAGAAUGCCUUUGAGCUGUAUCUCAGGGAGAAGAAGUCGAAGCUCCCAUCCUUGGAAACAUGUGCCAAUAGAUGUAAGAAAAGAGAGAAAAAAGUAUCUGAGGAUGCUGUUACUUGUCUGGAUGAGAACAUUUUAUUGAAGAGUGUUAAAUCUUCCAAGGCAGCCAAUCAAGAUAGUCACAAAUAUUACAUGACUAAUGGGGAAUGGAAGUUUGAAGAGCUGAGGACCAUUCAUCGUAAUAUAUCUUAUGGUUCACUGAACUGCAGUGCGGUCAUUUAUGAGAUAACUAUGUCAAGGCGAUCCAUUUUCUAUGUAUUAGUGCUGAUCAUUCCAAUGUUUACUCUCUUUUUACUGGACAUGGUAAUUUCUUAUGCUUUUUCCAGUCCUGGAGAAAAGGUUGCAUUCAAAAUGACCUUGAUCCUAGAAGUUACAUUUUUGUCACUGUCACUUACUGAAAUGCUACCAGCAACAUCAGAGGAUCCACCAACAAUAGCAAAGUUUUUCACCGGCAUGUUCAUGCUUCUGGUCUUCGGCACUUUAGAGAAUGCUUUUGAGGUGUAUUUUGGUGAGAAGAAGCUAAAGCUCCCAUCCUUGGUAGCACGUGUAAAUAAAUUUAAAAGAAAUGAGAAAAGGGAAUCUGAGGACACUGUUACCUACUUGGCAAAGUUUUUCACCGGCAUGUUCAUGCUUCUGGUCUUCGGCACUUUAGAGAAUGCCUUUGAGGUGUAUUUUGGUGAGAAGAAGCUAAAGCUCCCAUCCUUGGUAGCACGUGUAAAUAAAUUUAAAAGAAAUGAGAAAAGGAAUCUGAGGACACUGUUACCUACUUGGGAUCUGAAGUCCCUAAAGGGAAUGAUCAGGGCACUCCGUUUCCCUUGGCAGAAAGCAGCACUCUCGCAGACAGCCUGGCAUUUCUGA